UGUAAAUGAACGACUUUUAAGUUGUUUUCUGUAAACAGUAAGAUAAAAAUGGUCACAUAAAAGCUAAAGUUUACUAAUGAAUUGGACCCGAUUGAUAAGAACAUUAGUUUCUUCUGACUAAUUAAUCGUCCAUAAAGCUUACCUGGAGAAAUUCAAUGCAGCUAAUUUAAUCGUUUGACUUCCACAAAUCACUUUUUUGAUUGAUCAAUUUUUUUCGAAAUUCAUGAUUAUGCUUCAUAAUCCGUUAAUAUUUACUUUUUUAAAUCAAAUGUUAUUUUCCUUUACCUUUGCUCAACACUCACCGAAUAGUUUAAUAAAUGAAGAAUGUAACUUGAACAAAAAUAUGACAUUGAGAAAUAAUAGUUUAGAAACAGAAAUACAACAUUUAUUAUCCACUUAUGUUCGUACUGAACGACCUAGAAAUUUACAAAUGAUUAAAACAAACAAUAAUUCACAAGAGUCAAUUAAUUAUGUCACAUACAAUGGACCAUUAAUUGUAGAAGUUAAUACAUUUAUACAUAGUUUCAGUUCAAUUAGUGUAGUUAAUAUGGAUUUUACAGUUGAUUUUAUGUUGCGUCAGAGAUGGUUAGAUACAAGACUGAAAUUUUCUUCUGGCUAUAACUUUACUCAAUUGCCAAUUUCCUAUGCCAAAAAUCAAAUAUGGAUCCCGGAUUUGUUUUUUCGUAAUGCUAAACAUGGAUUUUUACAUGACAUGACCACACCAAACUAUUUAAUUUGGCUUGAUUCGAAUGGUUUGAUAACAUUCAGUCAGAAAAUAUCGAUGAAAUUAUCAUGUCAUAUGACUUUACAUACAUUUCCGUUUGAUUCACAACACUGUACAAUCAAUAUCGGUAGUUAUGGAUAUUCAAAAAGUGAUUUAGAAUUUCGUUGGUGGAAUACAGAUGGAUAUGAUCAGUUUGGUCUAAUACCUACGGCAAAUCAAUCAAGAUCUAUGGCUGUACAAAUACGGUCUGGAUUAGAAAUUAAUGAAUUCGAUUUAUUAUCUUAUGAUACAAGCUAUUGCAAAAUGGAAUACUCUACUACUGGUCGAUUCUCUUGUAUUGAAGCUGUAUUUCAUUUAAAGAGACGAUUCGGUUUUUACCUUAUUUAUGCUUAUCUACCUUCUCUUCUUCUGGUUGUUAUUGCAUGGUUGUCAUUUUUUGUAGAUUAUGAAGCUGUACCAGCUCGUAUUUCCAUUGGACUUUUGUGUGUUUUAGCUUUAAUCACACAAAGUGCAGCUAUACUAACUCAAGUACCACGAGUUUCAUAUAUUAAAGGAAUCGAUAUUUGGCUAUUUGUAUGUUUAGCGUUUGUUGUUAGCUCAUUACUUGAAUUUGCUAUUGCAAAUUCAUUAGCCAGACGAAGAUCGAAAUCAGGUAGCUUAAAUCCAAUAAAUCAUAUCAGUAACGACUGUAUAGUUUUAACAACAUCUGAUGAACUGUUAGACUUUCUUCAAAAAUACAUUAAUAAAUUAAAAAAUAAUGACGACCAAUCUGAUGAAAAAACAUUAGGAAAUAAUAACGACUCAUGUAAAACUCACACAAAUAUUUCCUCAACAAGUACACCGAUAAAAUCAAUGAUUCGAAAUUUUGAUCCAUUAUCAAAUAAACAAAAAAGGAUUAUAUUCUGUGAUGGUAGUCAUCAAGUAAUAAAACGUAAACAUCAUGAUAAAUCGUUUUUAUUAGAUCGUAUAUGGUCUAUUAUUUAUCCUAUAGUAUUUGCUAUAUUCAAUGGAGUUUAUUGGAUAUAUUUUCUUAAAUAUCAAUAAAUGGUACUUCUAUUAAAAUAAAUUGAACAUUUAUGGUACAUUUUACAUUAAUUAGAUUUGAUUACAUUAAACGAAUAUCCUCCCUCUUCAUUCACUAUAUUGUUAACAUAUGCAUAUUUGAUCAUAUUAUUCUGAUCAUAAUUAUUUUGUUAAAAUCGAUUUUCUUUAUUCUUUAAGUUUAUACAUAAUUGUUCAUUUCGAAAGUAAUAAUACUGGUAAGACUAUAAUUUAUGGACGAACCAAUCAGAUAUAAGAUAACGAGUCAUGAAUUUUGGCGCGAAAUCCAUUCAUACAUUUGGUUAAAUUGAGUUUUGGCAUUAUAGCUGAUAUCAGUUCGUGAUAAAAACCCUAAAUCUAAUUUUUAACCCUAACCAUCAAUUGUAAAUGAGAAUUCUAACUUUUAUAACCCUCAUUUAGUUCUAAUUAUUAGUUGUUCACUCUUGAGGUCACUUUACCGUCGCUCUAUAAAUUAUAGUCUUACCAUAAUACUUUAUCAAGUAUUUGUAAAUAUCUUUUAACAUUAUCGGGGGAUUAAUUUAACAAAUUUGAAAAUUAUGUAACUAUUACGGAUAAAUUUAGUUUAUUUAUGUCAUUUAAUUUAUUUGAAAAAUUAUUGGUAAUAAAUAUACAAUAAUAAAUUUGGUUUGUUUACAAAUCACAACAAUGUUACAUUAAAUAUUGAUAAAUGUUUAAGAGAGAAAGCAUUAACUACACUUAACUCUCUGUAUAUCUUACCAG